UCGGCCCUGCUGGUUCCCGUCCGCGAAGUGACUGACCACGACGCGGCCGCGCGGAGCGAGACGAGACGAGACGAGAGAGACCAGUGACCACCACGCGCUCGCGGCUCCGCUCCGCUCCCAGAUCCCGCCGCGGCGCGCGCGCGCGAGCCCCGAGGAGUGAUCAUGGAGGAGCCCACGGAGGCUAGGCCCGCGGGCGCCGAGGGCCUCGCGAACGGCGCGCGGGAGCCGGAGGAGCCCGCGCCGGAGGUCGAGGAGGAGGAGGCGGAGGAGGAGCCGCCGCGAUCGGCGACGGCGAAGCAGGAGGAGGCGAAGGCGGCGCUGGGCGCGGAGGGGUCCCGCCCGUUCACCAUGCGGGAGCUCCUCGGCGAGCUCAAGGAGGACGGCGAGGCGGCGGCCGUGGGGUCCGGCGGCGGCAGCGCGAGAUCUGCGUUCGGGGAUGGGAACGGGAUCGGAUCCGCUGAUGCCGAGGGCUCGUCCUACAGCCAAGAUAGCACACAGCAGUUUUCAUCCCACCAUGAUGUAGCGAUGGACUUGAUAAAUAGUGUAACUGGAGUUGAUGAGGAAGGCCGCUCGCGCCAAAGGAUUCUUUCUUUUGCUGCCAAAAGGUAUGUGAAUGCAAUCGAAAGGAAUCCUGAUGACCCUGAUGCAUAUUAUAAUUGGGCUCUAGUCCUCCAGGAGAGUGCAGACAAUGUGGAUCCCAAUUCUAGCUCCUCCAAAGAUGCGUUGCUUGAGGAGGCUUGCAAAAAGUAUGCUGAAGCUACUCGACUUUGUCCAACUCUUUAUGAUGCAUAUUAUAACUGGGCUAUUGCAAUUGCUGAUCGGGCUAAAAUGCGAGGUCGGACAAAAGAAGCUGAAGAACUCUGGAAGCAGGCAAUACUGAACUAUGAGAAGGCUGUUCAGCUUAAUUGGAAUAGCCCACAGGCUCUCAAUAACUGGGGUCUUGGGCUACAGGAGCUCAGUGCAAUUGUUCCUGCCCGGGAUAAACAAACCAUCAUAAAAACAGCUAUAAGUAAGUUCCGUGCUGCAAUUCAGCUGCAAUUUGAUUUCCAUCGGGCAAUAUACAACCUCGGAACUGUCUUGUACGGUUUAGCUGAGGAUACCAUGAGAUCUGGGAAACCAGAUGUCUCCCCGAACGAGCUUUACAGUCAAUCUGCUAUCUAUGUUGCAGCUGCUCAUGCUCUGAAGCCAAAUUACUCGGUCUAUCGCAGUGCUUUACGAUUAGUCCGCUCAAUGUUGCCUUUGCCAUAUCUCAAAGUGGGGUAUCUGACUGCUCCUCCAGCAAACAACGCCAUUGCACCACACAAGGAUUGGGAGAGGUCGCAGUUUAUUUUGAAUCAUGAGGGACUCCAGCAGGCUGAUGCUUCUGACCAGCCUCCAUCACAAUCCCCUGGGCACAUGGACAGAGGCAGAAAGCCUGUCAGAAUAAAUGUUUCAGAUAUUGUUUCGGUAUCAGCAUGUGCUGAUCUAACGCUGCCAAGUGGUGCUGGCCUUUGUAUAGAAACAAUUCAUGGACCUACAUUCUUGGUCGCCGAUAGUUGGGAGGCUCUUGACGGCUGGCUAGACGCUAUACGCCUAGUCUACACUAUUUUUGCAAGAGGAAAGAGCGAUGUCCUUGCCGGUAUUAUCACUGGUUAAAUUGGUUGGCUGCAAGUGCAAAACAGCCACUGGAUAGAGGCGUGAAGUUUUGGAGAUUCUGCUGCAACCUUAUCAGUUCAAUGCCCUCCUUUGAUUUGUUAUGUCUCCCCAUCUGUGAUUUAUCGCACAGUUUUUCUAGAUGUAGGGUAUAUUAUAUAUGUUGAAUUGUAACUCAUACUUUCCACUGAUUGGUGAUGUGUCCAUUUUCGUUUGUAAAAAUGGCCGUGUCACUAUUGUGUAUUCACAGCAGAUGCAUCGGACAUCCUUUAGUUUGUGGUUUUAUUUCUCUGUAACGAUGUAUCAAGUUUACUGCUGGAA